UAAAAAGGAAAAGCCGUGAAAUGUGUUCAGCUCUUGCGUUUAUCAACAAUUAGCCAUACAGCGGUGACGAGCGCCAAUAAGUGAUACAACGUGCCUACCACGCGAAUAAAAAUUUGAGUAACCGCAAAUUGGUGAGAAGAGAAUAGCCAGAAGCAGCACCAGCAACGGCGGAAUAAUCAACAAAAGCGGCAAACAUGGCGACUGAAAUCGACGAACUGAUUGAGCAACUGAAGACCACCAGUGUCAGUCCUGGAAAUACGACAAACCUGCUCUGUGAGAUCUCGGCCACCAAGGACCCAAAACUAUUUGAUAAACAUGAGCUAGCGGAAUGUUUCCUGGGCCUUACCAAGUGCGAAGACACAAAUGUGCGCAAGGAGGCCGCCAAGUGCAUUGCGGAGAUCACAAAAUCUGAGAUUCAGCGCAAAAAGUUCACAACGCGUGACAUAAUUUCAGCCUUUCUCGAGUGCUUGCGCCAGGUGCCAACGCCCGAAGGCAGUAUGGAGCUGCCCAUCCAAAUCUGCCGGGCCCUAGGGAACAUAUGCUACCUGAAUGACGAGGCCAGGGAUCUAAUACUCGAACUGGAGGGCGAUGCUGUACUGCUCCGACUGCUCGACAUAUCCAGCAUCGAGGACGUGGCCAAUGCGGCGCAGUUCAUCAAGGUGCGCGGUGGUCUGCUGUCCAACUAUCUGCUCGGUGGCGAGGGCUUGGCCAAGCGGGCCAUGGAGCUGGGCGUGAUGAAGAAGCUGCAGGCCAUUAUCGAUACUGGGGCUGCCAAUGUGGAGCAGCACGAGGACCUGCUCCUCAACACUCUGCCCCUGCUCAGCAUCCUAACUGAAAACGUGGCCGAUCUUAACUUUGACUCGUCGCUAAAUAUCCAAUUGUCGCGUAUACUGGCUGCCUCUACCAACCCAGAUCUGGCCGAGAUGUGCCUGGAACUGCUGCACUACCAGGCGGAGAGCGACGAGGUCAAGCUGCUUUUGGCAAAGGACGGUCUCUGCGAGACCAUCUACAACCUGCUGGAGAAGUACAAAACUCUGGCUAGCACCAGUGAGGCCAGGGCUCUGAUGAAACUGGCCUGCGAAUUGAUCGUCUUAAUUCUCACAGGCGAUGAAUCGAUGCAUUACCUAUACACCACACCGCUUCUUAAGAACAUGGUCGACUGGCUGGACUCGUCGGACAUUGAUCUACUGACCACCGGCGUGCUAGCAUUGGGAAACUUUGCACGCACCGACAGCCACUGCAUCUACUUUGUGGAGCAGCAGACCAUGAACAAGCUGCUCGAGGUGUUGGCCAAGAACAACGGCGUCAAAGACGAUGUGCGUCUGCAGCAUGCGCUUCUCUCCGCCCUGCGCAACCUGGUCAUACCCAAGCCGAACAAGAAUGCAGUGAUCCAGGCGGGCCUGGUACAGACCAUCCUGCCAAUGUUGGAAAUCCACCAGCCCCCGGUAGUCUUCAAGCUGUUGGGCACGCUGCGCAUGACGGUCGACGGCCAAGAAAAACUUGCUCUGGAGCUGCUGAAAAACAAGACGCUGAUUGUGCAGCUGGUGCACUGGAGCAAAUCGUCCGACUAUGCGGGCGUCACCGGGGAAUCGCUGCGCCUCAUGGCCUGGCUUAUUAAGCACGCCUACCUGAGCAAAAUAGCCUAUGCCCUGCCGCGCAAGGGUGAUGCCCCUGCCGAACAGAUUGCCGACAGGAUUCCCCUCACCCAGGACUACGAUCGCAGCAGUUUGAGUGAGUUUCUGGCCAACGAGGGCACUGUGGAGGCCAUGGUCAGUAUGCUUACUGCCCAGCAUCUGGUAAUGCAGAACGAGGCGUUGAUUGCCCUGUGCAUCCUGGCUGUGGUCUACCUGUCGCAGGCAGCAAGUGAGGCAGCUCAAGCGCAGCGCCUGCAGGAUGAGCUGAUCAAAUGCGAGGUGGGAAAGAAGCUGGCCGAGCUCAUUAGCAAGUCCUCGGACAGCAUGACAAAGGAAAUAGUCGAGAAUCUCCAGAAUUGCGUCAAUCUGUUGAAAUCCUCCGAACAGCUGUUGGCGCAUCUCGAACAACAUAACAUCAACGAGUUGCUGAAAUCUAUACCAAUUCUCACCGAAUAUUGCACCUUGUAAGGCGAAUGAGGGAGGGGCGUGGUAUUGCAUUUAUAACCCAGCACCGCAGGAUGCCUCACAGCAGGAGGGAUGAUGGGUGGAUUUGAGAAAAACGCUGGGAUCAAUUUUUGGGGCAAUGCUAUGCUCUUUUCUCGGUCGUCUAGCUUUCUUCUCAUUAAACAUGGAGAAGUUACCAUUUCUUCCAAUAGUGUCUGGAGAGAAUAGUGUAUUAGCAUUGCCCAAAGGCUGCUUUCCCGCAGCUACCCUUGGUCAAAGACCUUAGACUAACAAAAUGAAUAACGUUCAUCCAUUUAAAUUUCUAUAUGCAGCUACCACAAAAUUGAAUGCUUUCUUGUGAUCAAGAAAUUGCGAUGUUAACGUACAGAUCUAGAAUAUUUGACAAUGCGUGAGGACACGCUCUGUGUGCCCUUCCUCUCUGAAUAUUUUCAAGAAUGCGUGGAGUCAGUUCUAGAGUCUGAACAAAAAUUCGAGUAAAAAAAAAUUGUAUGACGUUAUUCAUCUUGUUAUAACAAGGUCUGCUUUAGUUCUUUCGUGAAAUCAACCCACACCCUGAAGCCCACGCACACUUAAAAA